UCUCCGGAAGCUCCGUGAUUUUUGUGACAAUUUCAUUGGAAAUUUGUUUGUGAGUUAAAAUAUUUUUUAAUAUUUGUGUGGCCAAGCCGACUAACUUCGUACGAAGCUGGUUGGCUAGGCAAAAUUUUACCCCAUUGGGAGUGAAAUUACGUUUUAAACUUUUUGAACAUUGUAAAAAUCAAACAUUUAAACAAAAAAAUGGCUAUGAAGCGAGCAGUCAGCUGUUCCUUCCUUCCAAAUACAUUCCCUCCGCAAACACACACAUUAUCACAAACUACACCAAAAAAACACCUACUUCGCGCCGUAAAAGGCAACAGAGAUCCUCCUUCCGAAACGGAAAGCACGUGCGCUGUUCGAAAAGAGAAUGCUAACCAGGACGUCGCGUUCGACGUCACUCCCGAUUUCCCCCCUCUGCCUUCAACAUGUGAUGUUGUACCGAAGGGGGAGGAAAGGAAAAUUAUAACAAAGACAAACACAAACAGGAACACAGAGAAAAAUGAAAAAACUUCCAACGAUUUUGCUUCUGCUGCGAAGCAAAUUUCGGAGGAAGUAAAGAUUACUUUACAAGACAUUAAAAAAGCAAAGGAGUUGUUGAGGAAGGAUGGCAACAGCAUCUUCCUCAAUACUCCACAAGAGGUGAUUGAAGACACAAACAAAAAAACAAUCACAUACAAGGUUUUCGACAGAAAAUACAAAAGAAUGACAAACGCCACACCCCAACAGUUAGAGAUAGCUCUAAAGCCAAUUUGGGCCCAAAAGAGCUAUGUAACCAAGGGGAAGUGUUUCGGAACUGUGGAGGUUCGCUUCCCAACAGAGGAACAAGCAAGGGCGCACGCCAUUUCGCCCUUGCAAACAGAGAGUUUGUUACUCGUUCCAACCCACCUCGGAAGAAGAGUGACAAAAAUAAAAAUUGACCUCGUACCGCCUGAACUCGAUAUGUCAUGGCUGGUGGCAGCUGUCCUCUAUGACAUAGAGGACACUACCACCAUUCUGGAUGUCAGGAGAGUCAGGGAGAAAAACUGGUUGGGGAUGGGAGUGCUGCUUCUUGCUCAGAUCAAGCAAGAAAAUAUCAGCAAGGUCCCAGAUUUCGUUAGUUUGCCGGACGGCACCAGGCUAAAUGUUGCUGUAGAGGGGCGAAAGCCAAAAUGUUUCCUCUGCAGCAGCGAACGCCACUUAAAGAGGGACUGCCCCAUUCAAAAAAAGAGAAUGGAGGCAUACAGCAAGAGGCAGCAACAACAACAGAAACAACACGAAACACCAAAAGCUGCCACACCACCAACACCAUCACCAGCACCAAGACGAACAACACCACCUCCAACAACAACAACCACCACACCAACACCAGUACCUAGAAGGUCGACAGCAGCAAGAAGAGAAGGUGAGAGCUCACCAACGCGGGCACCAUCAACAGCAACAGGAGCAGAGGCACCACCGAUACCGGCGGAACCAACAACUUUUCGUCCUGCUGCUGAAGCAGACCCCUCAUCUAUUCCUUUGCCGGAUGAAGAGUACUCAGAUUGUGCGAGCUCUGAUUCCAACAAAGGAGAAUGGAGCACAGUGCCUCCAAAAAAGAAAAGGAGGAGAAAACAAAAAGACACACAGGGGAAGCACGAAAAAAUAGUGCUUCCAAACAUCAACAACGACAACACACAUUCACAACAACAAACAACAACAACACUUUCGACACCACUACUGCCACUGCCAAACACUCAAACACACACAGACGCACUUACAUCAAUAAAUACAAGAAACCAGGAACUGGUUGAGUAUUUGAAAAACACAACCAGUACAAGUAUAACGGAUUUCGUUAUACCAACACAAAACACACCACCAGCACACAUUCUCACAAUAAAAAUAAACAAAACAACAUACAACGAAAUUAAACAAAUAUUCCCUAACGAUGUGGGAUCGUUAGGGAAAAGUUUCUCUAAGAAACUGUACAAAAAUAUUGUAGAAGCACCCGUGCAAAAGCACAAGAGAGCCACCCCCACCACCAACAACAGAUCAAACGGACGUGAUAGAUCAAUUAGUAUUGAGAAGACACUUGGCAAGAAAUGGAAACAAAACUGAAGGAAGAAGAU